CAUGCAACUUCUCUUUUCUCUUCUUCCUUUCUGCAGACUCUCCCCUGCCCUUCUCCUAGAGGUGGUAUUAGUUUUUGGGAGAUAGGCAGGGAUGUCUUCCCCGCCGCCGUCUCAAGAAUCUCCGCCACCACCCGCUCCUCCAUCUCCUGAUAAAUCAUCGCCCCCUCCACCAGAUAGCUCAUCGUCGCCGCCUCCUCCACCGGAUAAUUCAUCACCGCCUCCCCCGCCAGAUUCAUCGCCGCCGCCUUCACCGGAUUCUGACAAUAGCCCACCUCUACCUCCGAGCAACAACUCACCACCGCCGGGAAAUAGUGAAGCGAGUCCUCCCCCUCCACCCCUCUCACCACAUUCCUCAAAUGGGGAUUCAUCGCCUCCGCCACCUCCGCCCCGCUCUAAACCGCCCCCUCGUCCAAAGCGCCACAAAUCGGCGAAUGACACGUCGUCGUCAUCAAAUGAUGAUAGCAGUGAAAACGCGAUAGUGGCCGGAGCUGCGGCAGGAGCAGCGUUGCUACUGGUGGUAAUGCUAAUCUUGUUUAUUUGUUGCUGUAAACGGAAAAAGCGAAGGCGACAUAAUCGGAUGGCCUAUUAUGCCGAUCAUUCUCCUAGGAAAGGCGGCAAUGGCUACUACAACAAUCCCAAUAACGGGCAAUAUGGGAACUGGAACCCAAAUCAAAUGCCGUCCAGCGAUUAUUUCGUGAAGAUGCCACCGCCUCCUCCCAGCGCGGGAGUGAGUUCAGAGCACACCUGGCCCAUCGGGCCGCCUCCGCCUCCGCCGCCACUGCACAGCAGCGACAUGAGCUCCGCUGCGUUCUCCGGGCCACAUCAACCCCCAAAGCCACCUCCGCAUCCAUCCAUGGCCCUGGGAUUCAACCAGAGCAGCUUCACAUACGAAGAUCUGGCGGCCGCAACGGGCGGAUUUUCGAAGGAGAAGCUAUUAGGGCAAGGGGGAUUCGGGUAUGUGUACAAAGGGGUGUUGCCGAACGGGAAGGACAUCGCCGUGAAAUGCCUGAAGACGAACAGCGGGCAGGGGGAGAGGGAGUUUCAGGCGGAGGUGGAGAUAAUCAGCCGCGUCCAUCACCGUCACCUGGUGUCUCUGGUCGGCUAUUGCAUUUCUGGGGCUCAGAGGAUGCUCAUUUAUGAGUUUGUUCCUAACAAUACUCUUGAAUAUCAUCUUCAAGCUCCUGGCCGCCCUGUUAUGGACUUCGAAACAAGGCUCAAAAUUGCACUGGGAACGGCCAAAGGUUUUGCCUAUCUACACGAAGAUUGCCACCCUCGCAUCAUACAUAGAGAUAUCAAGGCUGCAAAUAUUCUCCUAGACUACAAUUUUGAUGCCAAGGUGGCUGAUUUUGGAUUGGCUAAGCUGUCAAACGAUACCAACACUCAUGUCUCUACGCGCAUCAUGGGAACAUUUGGGUACUUGGCACCAGAGUAUGCGGCUAGUGGCAAACUCACAGAAAAAUCAGAUGUUUACUCUUAUGGUGUUGUGCUCUUAGAACUCAUAACUGGGCGACGCCCCAUAGAUGUGAAUAAUGACGAUGAUGACAACUUAGUUGAUUGGGCAAGGCCUAUUCUGGCGAGUGCUGUAGACGGUGGAAGUUUUGAAGAGAUUGUGGAUCCGCGUUUGGAGAACAACUAUAAUUCGAAUGAGAUGCGACGCAUGGUGGUUUGUGCAGCUGCUUGCAUUAGGCAUUCUGCGAGGAGACGUCCAAAAAUGAGUCAGAUUGUGCGUGCGUUGGAAGGUGAUGUCUCGUUGAAUGAUCUAAACGAGGGAAUGAAAUCUGUACCCAGCACACUCUUUGGAUCUGGUGAGGGUUCAGAUUAUGAUUCUCAUUCUUACACCGACACAAGGGGGCAGAGAUCAGGGGCAUCAAGUCAAGAGUUCUCCAGCAGGGAGUUUGUCAAUUCCACGGGUGAUCAAUCUGGGGAGUACCGGAAAAAUGGUAGCUAAACGCACCAUAGUCCAUAGAAUCAAUUUUUUUACUUCCAAGAUUUGAUGGGAAAUGAUUAUACUCCACAAAUUGGAGUUUUUGGAGUUGUCAUAUAUGAUUUACGUGAAUGAUGACUAACGAGUUUAACUACUAAUGUAUUUUCAGUUUUUUCAAUGUUAAGUGUAUAGUGAAAGCAACCAAAAAUAGCAUUUUGUAUUUAUUUUGAUCUGUUGCUGCAAACACAGUCAGUUUCACAUUAUAGCCGAAUACAAGGGUUUGGAAAUUGGAAUGAAGCCAUUGAAAUUUCCUUUAA